AUGAUUUGCUUAUCAACAAUGGGUAAUGCAACAAACCAUUUAUCAUUAUGUGUUAGCCGAUCAUCAAGAAAAACUCAUCGAGAACGACCUUAUGUAUCUCGUCCAAUUUGGCCAUAUCAAUAUGAGCAUCGUUUGAAUGUUUCAACACAAAUGUCAUCAAAUCCUCAGAUUCGUGAAAUAAGUCCAUUGCGUUUAUCACCAACAAUUCUUCAUGAAAAUUCUUCAUUCCGACCAGUGCAUAUUAUUAAAAAGACUUCAUAG